UACGCCGAGGCACGUGUGCAGUCCCGGAAGCGGCUCCUGGGAGCUACCCUGCGCGCGCCCGGGGAGGAAGCGCGGCUGGGUCCGGCUGGGCCAUGGAGCCACUGCCUGACCCCGCGUGCCGGCCCGGGCUCCGCUGCCUUCUGCUUUUACCCCCGCUACUGCUGCUGUUACUGUCGUUGCCGGAUCUGGGCCCGAGCCAGGCUCAUGCGGAUGAGACCGACUGGGUCCGACUGCCCAGCAAAUGCGAAGUGUGUAAAUAUGUUGCUGUGGAGCUGAAGUCAGCCUUUGAGGAAACUGGCAAGACCAGGGAGGUGAUAGACACGGGCUACGGCAUCUUGGACCGGAAGGCCUCCGGGGUCAAGUAUACCAAGUCCAUUUCAGAGCCCCCAGACCAGAUGACCUAUCUUCCUUCCAGCUCUGACUUCCCGUUGGGGGGGACUCAGUCCCUCUCAUGCUGCUGUCUCUGCAGGGACUUACGGUUAAUUGAAGUCACUGAGACUAUUUGCAAGCGGCUCCUGGACUACAGCCUACACAAAGAGAGGACUGGCAGCAACCGGUUUGCCAAGGGCAUGUCAGAGACCUUCGAGACACUACACAACCUGGUACACAAAGGGGUCAAGGUGGUGAUGGACAUCCCCUAUGAGCUAUGGAAUGAGACCUCUGCAGAGGUGGCUGACCUCAAGAAGCAGUGCGACGUGCUGGUGGAGGAGUUUGAGGAGGUGAUCGAGGACUGGUACAGGAACCACCAGGAGGAGGACCUGACUCAAUUCCUCUGCGCCAACCACGUGCUGAAGGGCAAGGACACCAGCUGCCUGGCGGAGCAGUGGUCUGGCAAGAAGGGGGACACAGCCGCCCUGGGAGGGAAGAAGUCCAAGAAGAAGAGUAACACGGCCAAAGCAUCGGGUGGCAGGAGCAGCAAGCAGAGGAAGGAGCUGGGGGGCCUCGAGGGAGACCCCAGCCCUGAGGAGGACGAGGGCGUCCAGAAGGCAUCCCCCCUCACACACAGCCCCCCUGAUGAGCUUUGAGCCGGCAUCCUCUGUACGGAGCCCCCUGACCUGCAGGCUGAAGAAUCUGGGCAGGGCUCUGGCGGGCAGAGACAGCUCUCCCAGCCUCAGGCCCUCCCUGCUUGGCUGUGCCCUCUUGCUGCAGGGCAAAGACACAAGCCCAGGCAAGGACUCAGAUCAGCUGGGUCAGCCCGCGCUGGCUUUUCCCUCUGCCAAGCUUCUCUUCUGACACAGGCUUCAGGCCGGCCAUGCGGCGUCAGGCCUGCCGAGGACUCCAGUGUGGACUCAGGAGGGGCAGGUGUCGGAGCUGGGCCCCGGGACUGGAGCCUCUCUGGAGCCUGGGGUGGGGUCACAUCUGGCCUUCACCUGCCCUCUCUCCUCCCCUGACAAGGAAGCCAGACCGCAGGCCCCCAGCCUCUCCUCUCUGCUCACCCCCUCCUGUGGACACCUCGUGCUCUGCCCAGCCCUCCCAGGGCUCACAGAGUAAAAACCUUUUGGCCUUUUU